AUGUCGGUAGACCCAUAUCAUGCAGUACAGCAGGAGAUACAGUCGUCUCUGCAGACGGCAACGCAAUUGCAGUCUUCGUUUCUACGAAUACAAAGCAUGGCGCGUCCGGGGAGCGAAGAGCUGAUGUGGGCUCGAAAUGAGCUUAAAGCAACGCUAGCCUCUUUAGAAGCUGACCUAGAGGACCUCGAAGAGAGUGUGAAGAUCGUUGAAUCAACAGACGCGCGCAUGUUCGGACUAGACGAUGCAGAGGUGCAAAAUCGACGGCGUGCUUCCCAACUGGUUCCCUUGUCCCAGUUUCUUCCCAUUUCUAUCCCACCCUUUUCUUCGUUCUUCGUGAUUUUUACUAACCACCACCCUCCCUCGCAAGUCCAGAACAUGAGAGCGACUGUGUCUUCUUCCAAUCCACCCAACCCGUCCGUCCCGCAGUCUCAAUCUCAAUCACAGUACUUACCCUCGGGCGCCAUGAGUCCGCGUGCCGGCGCAGGGCCCGGGUCACCCUUCUCCGAGCGGUAUGGAGCUAAUGAGGAUCACCAGGCUGCGUGGGCGAGAGAGGAGCAGCAGAUGAUGAUACGAGAGCAAGACCAGACGAUGGACUCGAUAGCAGGCACGCUGACCAACAUCGCGCAGCAGGCGAGCUUGAUGGGGCAGGAGAUUAACGAACAUAAUGAGAUGCUAACAGACCUCGAACGAGGUGUCGACCAAUCCGACUCCAAGCUGAGCGACGGGAUGCGGCGGAUGAGGAAGUUCCUCCGCGACUCGGAGGAGAAAGGCAGCAGCUGGUGUAUCGUCAUCCUGAUGAUCGUGCUCAUGGCGCUACUGCUCGCUGUGAUCCUCGUGUAG